AUGGAAACAUUCUCAAGCUCUGUCUCAACUCUCAAAGUCCCAAGCACCCUUCUUUUGACUCCAUCUCGUGAAGUCCUCCACCAUUUCAAGACCUCUCACAACACCCACAAACUUCCUCCUCAAACCCACCUCCACAAAGCCACCACCAACUCCAAAACCACCUCUUUCACCCAAAAGCCUCGAACUUUAUCCACACCCUCAUUCUCAAUCCCCACCAAGACCCUUCUCUCAUCUCCAAGUCUCCACAAGAACCCAGCUUCUGGGUAUGCAGCUGCUCUUUUGGACAUUGCUCAGUGCAACAGGACCCUUGAUUUGGUCCACAGGGAUGUCAAGAGGUUCUUGCAGUUGCUCCACAACAAGCAGGUUCAAGCUGUUUUGGAAAGCCCAUUUGUGGGGUUGGAGGAGAAGGGCCAAGUGAUGAAGCUGGUGGCCCAGAAAGGGAAGUUCAACAAGGUCUUGGUGAAUUUGGUGAAGAUGUUGGUUGGGAAAAGCAAAGUUAGGAUUGUGAAGGAAGUGUUGGAGGAGUUUGGGAGGAUAUAUAGUGAGCUCUCUGGGGCUAAUCAAGGAUUGCUAAGAGGGAUGUGA